AUGGGCUCCAUCCCCAUCUCACAGCAGCCUCUGGCCCCUCCACCUUCUAAGACAUCAUACAAGAUCGCCUCGAUCCCCGCAGACGGCAUCGGACCGGAAGUCAUUUCAGCGGGUAUACAAGUCCUCGAGACGCUCGCCGAAACAUACGGCACGUUCUCCUUCGACGUCACGCACUUCGACUGGUCGAGCGACAGGUACCUCCAGACUGGAAAGUACAUUCCGGAUGACGGGCUCGAGGAACUACAGCGGUUCGAUGCCAUCCUGUUUGGCGCCGUCGGCGACCAACGCGUGCCAGACCACAUCUCGCUCUGGGGUCUGCGACUGGCGAUCUGCCAGGGGUUCCAACAAUUUGCGAAUGUGCGGCCGACGCGGAUCUUGAAGGGCGUGACAUCGCCAUUGGCGGCAUGCCAACCCACCAGUACCGACGACAAUGAUACUAACCGCCGCAAACUCGACUGGGUGAUUGUCAGGGAGAACAGCGAGGGCGAAUACGCCGGCCAAGGCGGACGCUCACACAUCGGUCAGCCCUGGGAAACGGCGACGGAAGUGGCCAUCUUCACGCGCUACGGCGUCGAGAGGAUCAUGCGGUUCGCAUUCGAAGUGGCACGGUCCCGACCACGCAGAAAACUGACGAUGGUGACCAAAUCCAACGCCCAGCGCAACGGGAUGGUUCUCUGGGAUGACGUGCAUAAACUCGUGGCCAAGGAUUAUCCCGACGUCGAGAGCGACAAGAUGCUCGUCGACGCCAUGACAUGCCGCAUGGCGCUACAGCCAGAAUCCCUUGAUACCGUGGUCGCUACGAACUUGCAUGCUGAUAUCUUGACUGACUUGGCCGCCGCGCUAGCCGGGAGCAUCGGCAUCGCUCCCACCAGUAACCUUGACCCAACGAGGCAGAGACCGAGUAUGUUUGAACCCAUCCAUGGUUCGGCGUGGGAUAUUGCGGGCAAGGGUGUUGCGAAUCCCGUCGGUACCUUCUGGACGGUGGCGGAAAUGAUUAAGUGGCUGGGUGAGGAUGAGGCUGCCGAGUUGCUCAUGCUGGCUGUGGAGAAUGCGCUGGAUCAAGGUGUCAAGACGAGAGACCUGGGUGGAAGUGCUGGAACUACUGAAGUUACUGCAAAAGUGUGUGAUGAGAUUCGCCGAAUUGGGAGAGACAGAGGCUUGGGAGCGACGUCGAAGAAAUAG